AUGGAAAAUGAAUUAUGUACGAUUCGAUGUUUCUUUGAUCAUAUCAUUCGUGUACGACCGUCGAUAUUUGUCACGUAUAACGGCGAUUCAUUCGAUUGGCCAUUUGUGGAGGCACGAGCUGCUCUGUACGAACUGGAUAUGCGAAUUGAGAUCGGUUUUUCGAAAGAUUCAGCUGGUGAAUACAAAAGCCCAAAUGCUAUACAUAUGGAUGCAUACAGGUAG